GCCUACAUACGGGACUUCCGUCUAGAGUGGUGUCAGCCUUUGACACACCACAUGCCGCCGGCCGCCAAAACACAUAGUUGCCCGACAGAGACGCAGCGCCAUCUUGGUCCCCACACCAGUUUGCUCUGUGCUUGCCGCCGUGAGCCGUGCAGCGGAAUCGCGUUUAAUCCUCGUCUAGGCAGCGUCGAAGGCUGUGGAAACGUGUUAAAUGCGGUCAGCGAAGCCUGAGGAGCAAAAAUGCCUGGUUGUUGCGUACCUCUGUGCACUAACCACUGCAGGAAGGGCGUGCGAAUGUUUCGCUUCCCAACCAGCCCGAGCCGAAGAAAACGCUGGCUCGCGCAAGUGAAGCGAGACUGCUGGGAGCCCACCACAGCUUCACGUGUUUGCUAUGCUCAUUUCGAAGAUUCAAGCUUCGAACAGAAAAGGCAAGAUGGCUUGAAGAAAUUGAGGCCAGAUGCCGUUCCAACAGUUUUUGCUUUUCGAGCCGCCCCCAAACAUCGGAAGCCACCAAAGAAGCGCAGCUGUCCUGUGCAGCCUUCCUGCGAUGCCACCCCUGCAACUUCCCCGGAGCCACACCAGCCUUUAGAUAGCGAUUCGACUAAGAUGGAUGACAGUGCUCCAGUGCCAACCUUAGUUGUAGAAGAAGAAUCUUGUCAUGCCGGAAAUGAAAACGCUCAUGAAUUGACAUCUGCGAUGGCACCGUGCUUGUUCCCACAGCACCCCAAAGGCAUUCCUGUUCCAAACAGCACGAACAGUGUUGGUCAGUCACGCGAUGUCAGCGCCACACAUCAACCAUUUGGAGGCAAUGCAGGCUCAUCUUCGGUGACCAUCGGGCAAGAAAAUGCAGAGUUACGCAAGAAAACUAGUGAUCUCACUCGCAAGUACAUAAACUUGCAGAGGGUUCACGAUAAAACAAGGUUGAAGCUACAGAGCCUGAGAAAAAAGUGUCCUCACUUGAAAAAGAAGUGUGCGCACUGAAAUCGGCAUCAUUUCUCAAUGAA